UGUUGUAAAAUGUAAAUAUUGUGUAAUUUGUGACAAUCGAAAAAAAUCUUACCUAAUUAAAUGGGUGUAUACAAAGAGGGUUGAGGCUCUCUCUCUCUAUUGCCGUUAACUCUCAAAACGGCAAAUAUGGCAGCUACAUUUGCUACAGUCGUGGCCGAAUUGCAAUCCAAAGUGACGCACAAAGUUUACUUUGAUAUUAGCAUUGGGAAUCCUGUUGGAAAGCUUGCUGGGCGAAUUGUAAUUGGAUUAUAUGGUGAUGAUGUGCCGCUGACAGCAGAAAAUUUCCGUGCCCUCUGCACAGGUGAAAAGGGCUUUGGCUUCAAGGAUUCUGCAUUUCAUCGUGUUAUUAGAAAUUUCAUGAUUCAAGGGGGUGAUUUCGAUAAGGGAAAUGGAAUCGGUGGUAAAAGCAUAUAUGGUCAUACCUUUGAGGAUGAAAACUUCAACUUGGUUCAUACUGGACCUGGCAUUGUUAGCAUGGCUAAUGCAGGCCCUAAUACCAAUGGAAGCCAAUUCUUCAUUUGCACUGUAAAGACCGCAUGGCUGGAUGAGAAGCAUGUUGUGUUCGGGCAAGUUUUAGAAGGCAUGGACAUUGUGAAAUUGAUCGAGUCCCAGGAGACUGGUAGGGGUGACUGUCCAAGUAAGAGGGUUGUCAUCAGUGACUGCGGUGAGCUACCUGUAGCAUAAGGCGAGAAUACAAAUAUUAGCUCUUUGUCUUUGCAUACAAUGUAUAUGUAAUGGCCCGCCGCGAGAUAUAUAGAGGAUUCUCAGUUGUGAGUUUUCAUCCAAACCCAAGGCUUUUUUCCUGUUCCUUUUUUGGGUCUCUGUAGGAUUUCGAAUUACAUGGGUGAAAAAUUCUUGCUAGCAGUGAGUAUGCUGUUUUCCUGUAACCUGGCGGUAUGCGAUUUAGUUGACAUUGAAUAUCAAUAGAAGGUAACAGACUAUUGUUGCUUCUUUAUGACCA